AAGACCCGAAGUCUUAGAGCGAGUCCAGUCCCGGCGAGUCUGGCUCAGGCUCUGGCGGCGCCGUGGAGGAGCUGGGAGGCGGCAGACUGGACACAGCCAAGGGGCUCGGGGCGCGCCCGCUGCGCUCUCGAAGUCCGGGUCUGGCGCACGGCGUGAGGCCGGCGCGCUCCCACGCUCCCAAUACGCUUCGUUCCUUAGGUCGCUCUCGCCUCAGCUUCCGCAGAGAAACCAACAGCCGCUCUCCACCUCCGGCUCCGGGCACGCCGCUCCCGCAGUCCUCGUUUCCCUAAUGCGGGCGGGCGGGCGCGCUCCCGCCGCCUCUCACAUCCCAGCGGAGUUGGGCUGGGCCCUCCACGCCUCCUGGGCGAACCCCUCGGCGCGCCCGUGCGCCCCGCACUACUAGGUGACCCUCUUCGGCCACCCAGCAGCCGCAGCCGCAGCCGGGAAGUCUCUCCGCCCGCGUGAGAACCCCGAGACUGGAGCCGGGAGCGCCUCACUGUGCACAACUCCCACCCUCCGCUCCCUCCUCCUCUUGCUCUCUCUUCCUCUCCCUCCGCCCGCCCCCCGCCCCGCGUGCCUGUGUGUGUUCGGCACAGGCGAGGGGACCCGGGGAACAGUCCGGGCUCGGCGCGCGGCGGAGCUGCGGCUGCUCCCGCUGCUGAGGGGAGCGGCGAGGUGGCCGCCCUGCGCCUUCCCGGACUUCCCAAGUGGGGGCAGAGCCGCCGCUCACGGAGCCGCCUGUUAGCAGGCACAGGGAAAGCGGGACCUCCAAACUCCUCCUCAGCGACUCCUCUCCACCCUCUUUUGGCCCCUGCCCUUGGAGAAAGUGGAGUGUGGCGCUCGGUUGUCGUUACUCCUUCAGACAGCUUCGCGGUGCACGGAUUCCGCUGCUGCCCGGUGGGGCUCUCCGCUGUCGGCGCUCCUCCGUGUGUGCCUCCCCCCGGCGCACCUCUGUCGACGAUGAGGAAAGGUCUGCGGACGACAGCGGCCCGCUGCGGACUGGGGCUGGGAUACGUGCUGCAGAUGCUCGUGCUACCUGCCCUGGCCCUGCUCAGCGCCAGCGGCACCGGCUCGGCCGCUCAAGAGGACGACUUUUUUCAUGAACUCCCAGAAACCUUUCCGUCUGAUCCACCUGAGCCUCUGCCACAUUUCCUUAUUGAGCCUGAAGAAGCUUAUAUUGUGAAGAAUAAGCCUGUGAACCUGUAUUGUAAAGCCAGUCCUGCCACCCAGAUCUACUUCAAGUGCAAUAGUGAAUGGGUUCAUCAGAAAGACCACAUAGUAGAUGAAAGGGUAGACGAAACCUCUGGUCUCAUUGUCCGGGAAGUAAGCAUUGAGAUUUCACGCCAGCAAGUGGAAGAACUCUUUGGGCCUGAAGAUUACUGGUGCCAGUGUGUAGCCUGGAGCUCGGCGGGUACCACCAAGAGCCGGAAGGCCUACGUGCGCAUUGCAUAUCUGCGGAAGACAUUUGAGCAGGAACCCCUGGGAAAGGAAGUAUCCUUGGAACAGGAAGUCUUGCUCCAGUGUCGACCACCAGAAGGGAUCCCAGUGGCUGAAGUGGAAUGGUUGAAAAAUGAAGACAUCAUUGAUCCUGUUGAAGAUCGGAAUUUUUAUAUUACUAUUGAUCACAACCUCAUCAUCAAGCAGGCCCGCCUCUCGGAUACUGCCAACUAUACUUGUGUUGCCAAAAACAUUGUCGCCAAGAGGAAAAGCACGACCGCAACUGUCAUAGUCUAUGUAAAUGGUGGCUGGUCUACCUGGACAGAGUGGUCCGUGUGUAAUAGCCGCUGUGGACGAGGGUAUCAGAAGCGCACAAGGACCUGCACCAACCCAGCCCCACUCAAUGGUGGUGCCUUCUGUGAAGGGCAGAGUGUGCAGAAAAUAGCUUGCACCACGUUAUGUCCAGUGGAUGGCAGGUGGACCUCAUGGAGCAAGUGGUCAACUUGUGGGACCGAGUGCACGCACUGGCGCAGGAGGGAGUGCACGGCACCAGCCCCUAAGAACGGAGGCAAGGACUGCGAUGGCCUCGUCCUGCAAUCCAAGAACUGCACGGAUGGUCUGUGCAUGCAGAGUUUCAUUUAUCCUAUUUCAACUGAGCAGAGAACCCAGAAUGAAUAUGGAUUUUCUUCUGCUCCUGAUUCAGAUGAUGUUGCUCUGUAUGUUGGCAUUGUGAUAGCUGUGAUAGUGUGCCUGGCCAUUUCUGUAGUUGUGGCCCUCUUUGUGUAUCGGAAGAAUCAUCGUGACUUUGAGUCUGAUAUUAUUGACUCUUCUGCACUCAAUGGAGGCUUUCAGCCUGUGAACAUCAAGGCAGCAAGGCAAGAUCUCCUGGCAGUACCCCCAGACCUCACGUCAGCUGCAGCCAUGUACAGAGGACCCGUUUAUGCCUUGCAUGAUGUUUCGGACAAAAUCCCAAUGACCAACUCUCCGAUUCUGGAUCCACUGCCUAACCUGAAAAUCAAAGUGUACAAUACCUCAGGGGCUGUCACACCCCAAGAUGACCUCUCUGAGUUUGCAUCAAAGCUGUCCCCUCAGAUGACCCAAUCCUUGUUGGAGAAUGAGGCCCUCAACCUGAAGAAUCAGAGUCUAGCAAGGCAGACGGACCCAUCCUGCACUGCGUUUGGCACCUUCAACUCCCUCGGCGGUCACCUUAUCAUUCCCAAUUCAGGAGUAAGCAUGCUGGUUCCCGCUGGGGCCAUUCCCCAAGGGAGAGUCUACGAAAUGUAUGUGACUGUACACAGGAAGGAAAAUAUGAGGCCGCCCAUGGAGGACUCUCAGACACUCUUGACCCCUGUGGUGAGCUGUGGGCCUCCAGGAGCUCUGCUGACCCGCCCUGUCAUCCUCACUAUGCAUCACUGCGCAGAUCCCAAUACCGAGGACUGGAAGAUACAGCUCAAGAACCAGGCAGCGCAGGGACAGUGGGAGGAUGUGGUGGUGGUCGGAGAGGAAAACUUCACCACCCCCUGCUACAUCCAGCUGGACGCAGAGGCCUGCCACCUCCUCUCCGAGAACCUUGGCACCUACUCCCUGGUCGGGCAGUCCACCACCAAAGCAGCCACCAAGCGCCUGACGCUGGCCAUCUUCGGGCCGCUCUGCUGCUCCUCUCUGGAAUACAGCCUCCGAGUCUACUGUCUGGAUGACACUCAGGAUGCCCUGAAGGAAGUCUUGCAGCUCGAGAGACAGAUGGGAGGACAGCUCCUAGAAGAACCUAAGGCUCUUCACUUCAAAGGCAGCACCCACAACCUGCGCCUGUCGAUUCAUGAUGUCACCCAUUCCCUCUGGAAGAGCAAAUUGCUGGCCAAAUAUCAGGAAAUUCCUUUCUACCACAUCUGGAGCGGGUCUCAGAGAAACCUCCACUGCACGUUCACUCUGGAAAGAUUUAGCCUGAACACAGUGGAGCUGGUCUGCAAACUCUGUGUGCGGCAGGUAGAGGGAGAAGGGCAGAUCUUCCAGCUAAACUGCACCGUGUCCGAGGAACCUACUGGCAUCGAUUUGCCUCUGCUGGAUCCAGCGAGCACCGUCACCACCAUGACGGGACCCAGUGCUUUCAGCAUCCCUCCCCCUAUCCGGCAGAAGCUCUGUAGCAGCCUGGAUGCCCCACAGACGAGGGGUCAUGACUGGAGGAUGCUGGCCCAUAAGCUAAACCUGGACAGGUACUUGAAUUACUUUGCCACCAAAUCAAGUCCAACUGGCGUCAUCCUGGAUCUCUGGGAGGCACAGAACUUCCCAGAUGGAAACCUGAGCGUGCUGGCAGCUGUCUUGGAGGAGAUGGGAAGACAUGAAACAGUAGUGUCGUUAGCAGCAGAAGGGCAGUAUUGACCCAGGCUGGGGCUGAGAGUGAAGCAGGAGAGUCACAGGGAGUCUGUGGACGUCCAGGGGCUCAGAGCUGAGGAGGAAACCCAGUCUAGACCAGUGAGCUCCACAGGCAAGAUUGCAGCGGGAGAGAGAAGGAAAACAGACACAACUACCAAUAUACAUGCCCACUCUACUCGGACAUCGUCACAGGAGUUAAGAACAAUUGUACAAAUGUGUAUCUUGAAUUUAGAAAUCAACCUAAUUUUCCUCUUAGUUGGGCUGUAUGCUGUGUGGUACAGGAUCUUACAGUUUCCUAGGAAACGCUUUUUAUUGCUAUCCAGAUCUAUGGAUAAACUUUCUUAACAAACCCAGUUUCUACAAACGUUGUUUACAUCAAAUUGGACAGGGAUGCAGACACUGUCCAUGGCUCGUUCUAUUUUUGUUUAAAUCAUUUGAAGUUGAAGCUGUGGACGGUUUCCUGUGUCUCUUUCAGAUUAGUAAUUUACAGAGAAAUCACAGACUUUUCCUACAAAUCAUGUGCAUCAAGUGUCUCAGAGAUAAUCCUCCCAUCAGUGUUCUGUUUCUAGAACUUGUAGAACCAGUGUUACUGUUUGUAUCGGGGAAGUGGAGAACCUAAGUAUAAAGGAGAGAGAGCUAAGACUUCCUUAUUCCUUGAGGGUACCCACCUCACGCCCUUGGGGAAUAAAGCUAUAGCGUGGCAGGGAAGACAGGGAUUCACGUUCAGCCACACAAACAAGCAUUUUUUCCACAACAUGUGUGUUUGUAAUAUGCAACUUGAAGUGGUUUUUUUUUUUUUAAAGAAAGGUAUUAUUAUUAUCAUCAUCAUUAUUAUUGAUGAGUAUUUACAAGUAUUCUAGUAAAAGGAUUUUCUUUUAACUUGUUUUUGUUAGCAGUACUGUUAGUAUUUAGGUAUUGACCUGACCCGGGCACCUUCUCAUAACAAGGUGGGCGUGGUCACCAGUUUAAUUAAACAGGCAUUGCUUCCCUGACCUUUUAUCUUUCUCCCAUCAUUCUGCCUGGAAAGGAGGUAAAUGCUCACUGGCCUUGUCAGUCUGGUCUCUGAGCUUGCUCAGGCAGGGGCUUUGUCCUCCGGGUCUCGUCACGAGAAGCGUUCAAGUGUUCUGAUUCAGGCUUUACUCAGCAUUGUGGUCACACAGCCCCACACGCCUCUCGUGGGUCCUCUGUCUACCUUGGAGGCAGUGUGGUUGAAGGAACAGCCUCUGAGCUGGAAACCGGUUCUCAUUCUGGGUUUGUCACUGUCUAGCUGUGCUACCUUGGGAGAGUCAUUUACCCUCACUGGACCUCAGCUUCCUCACCUGUAAACUGAAGGGAUGGGAUUAGAUCAGCUCAAGGUUCUAAAAUGCUUGACUUCCACUGUGAUGCUCCCAGUCUCCGUCAUCAGUAUGAAGACCACAAUGGACGCUGACCUGGAUCAUUUAAAGAUUCAACUAGCCUUUCGCCCAGGCUACAUUAUGCCUUUCAAAUAGUUCCCACUUGGAAGAUAAUUAUUCUAACCUGUAACAUAUUUGUCAUGCUUUCAAGUCUUGUCUUUGUGUCAUUGCAUCACGCUGUUCACCCAGAGAUGGCAUCCCUUUAUUAUCACUUUCUUUCCUCUCUUGGGACCAGUUGCCUUCCUGACUAGUUGCAAAUUAUGUUCUAUUAUUGUCCUGGUCAAAAUUUUUUUAAUUAAAAAAAUUUUUAACUGAAAAA